AUGGCCGCUCAUCUAUCCGGCUCGCAUACAAGAAAUGGAAGCAGCAAUUCGGUUACGGCAGGAGUGUCUCUAGAUGAACUCCCCAAAUCCAAUAAUUUCACAUCAAAACUGCCAGCAGACCCCGCUUUUGAAACCCCAGAAUCCUCUCACAAUGCGCCCCGCGAAGCACUUGGACCACGGCUGGUUAAAGGCGCUUUGUUUACCUAUGUCCGCCCUGAGCCGACAGAUCAACCAGAGCUGUUAAGUGUAAGUCCGCAGGCGCUAAGGGACAUCGGCCUCAAAGAUGGCGAGGAGAGGACUGCGCAGUUCCGCGACCUGGUCUCGGGAAAUAAAAUAUUUUGGGAUAGGGACAAUGGAGGAGUAUAUCCGUGGGCGCAGUGUUAUGGUGGUGAGAAACGAGCCAUCAGCCUCUUCGAAUCAACGAAUCCUGCUACGAAAAUCCGAUAUGAGAUUCAGAUUAAAGGGGCUGGCAGAACUCCUUAUUCUCGGUUUGCCGAUGGAAAAGCCGUUCUUCGCUCAAGCGUCAGGGAGUAUAUAGUUUCAGAAGCUUUGAAUGCUCUGGGAAUCCCUACAACACGCGCCCUUUCGCUCGUGUUAUUGCCCAAUUCCAAAGUGCGGAGAGAGCGGCUAGAGCCCGGUGCCAUUGUGACUCGUUUUGCUCAAUCUUGGAUUAGGAUCGGAACUUUUGACCUUCCCGGAUCCCGCGGUGAUAGAGAUCUCUCCAGGAAAUUGGCGACCUAUGUAGCAGAGGAUGUUUUUCCUGGCUGGGAAUCCCUUCCAGCCGCUCUAUCUGCGGUAUCGCCUGACGUAAGAGAUGCACCGUCUGUCGAUAAUCCUUUGCGAGGUGUGCCUAAAAACGAAAUCCAGGGAGAGAAAGGCGCGGAGGAGAACCGCUUUAGCCGCCUCUAUCGAGAGAUAGUUCGACGUAACGCAAAGACCGUUGCCGCAUGGCAGGCGUACGGUUUCAUGAACGGAGUGUUAAAUACUGACAAUACGUCCAUUAUGGGUCUUUCUCUCGACUACGGCCCAUUUGCGUUCAUGGAUAACUUUGACCCGCAGUAUACCCCGAAUCACGAUGAUCAUCUCCUUCGAUAUUCAUAUAAGAACCAGCCAAGUGUGAUCUGGUGGAAUUUAGUGCGACUUGGAGAGUCCUUGGGUGAAUUGAUGGGCGCUGGCGAUAAGGUAGAUGACGAGACCUUCGUUUCAAAAGGCGUAACUGAGGAAUUUGGCAAGGCCCUUGUGCAAAGAGCAGAGAAACUCAUCGAUAACGCUGGUGAAGAAUACAAAGCUGUAUUCCUGAAUGAAUACAAACGACUCAUGUCGGCACGCUUGGCGUUGAAAACCCCCAAGGAAUCUGAUUUCCAGGAGCUAUUCUCAGAGCUACUUGAUACCCUCGAGGCUCUUGAACUUGACUUCAAUCAUUUUUUCAGACAUCUUUCCAACAUCUACCUCGCCGACAUUGACACUAAUGAAAAGAGGAAAGCUAUUGCAAGCAUCUUCUUUCAUAAAGAGGGCGUCGGUGGAAUAGGCAAUACUGAAGAAUCUGCCAAAGAUCGUAUUGCCAAAUGGCUUUCUUCAUGGCGGAACCGUAUCAUUGAAGACUGGGGUAUGGAACCGGAUGAAGAGAGACAGAAAGCAAUGAAGGCGGUUAAUCCGAAAUUUCUGCCACGAUCCUGGAUCCUCGAUGAGGUGAUCCAACAUGUCGAGAACAAGGGCGACCGAGGGAUUCUCGACCGUGUCAUGCACAUGGCCCUGAAUCCAUUCCAGGAGGAGUGGAAUUUGGACAAAGACGAGGAGGAGCGAUUCUGCGGAGAUGUCCCGCAGUUCAAGAGAAUGACUAUGUGCAGUUGCAGUUCAUGA